UCCUUGACGCUGACGUUUGUCGGGACGCCACGGCCUGCUCCCAUCACGUUACUUGUUAGCUGUUCACACAAGUGACGCUUUAAAUGCCAGUAAGCAUAGAUGGGGGGCAAGAAUAAACAGCGAACUAAAGGAAAUGUUCGGCCGUCCAGUAGCGGCCGAGCGGCUGAGCUGCUGGCCCGGGAAAAUGGUGUGGUUCCGGGGUUCGUUGGCUUCGGCACCACGGCGACUCCGGAGCCGGGGUACGUCCCCGCUGUCCACGGAGCUGAGGACAUAGACAGCCUGGUGGAUGCGGAUUUCCGUCUGGUUCUCAGGAAACUGUCCAAGAGGGACGCUUUCACCAGACUGAAGGCUGUGCAGGAGUUUGGUUCCAUGUGCCAGGAGCGAGAGGCUGAAGUGGUUAAAGGGGUCCUGCCAUAUUGGCCAAGGAUUUAUUGCAAGAUAUCAGUGGACCAUGAUCGACGUGUGAGGGAAGCCACCCAGCAGGCAUUUGAGCAGCUGGUGCUGAAAGUGCGACGCAGCUUGGCCCCCUUUCUGAAGAGCCUGAUGGGCCACUGGAUGCUGGCCCAGUGUGACACCUACACCCCUGCAGCCUCUGCUGCCUGCCAGGUCUUCCAUGCUGCCUUCCCCCCCAGCAAACAGCCUGAGGCCCUCAGCUUCUGCAGGGAAGAGAUCCUUAACGUACUUCAAGACACUUUGUUAAAGGAAACUGCAGACACACUGAGUGAUCCACAAAGUGUGCCAGAGGAGGAAAGAGAAGCCAAGUUUCUCCGCAUGGUGACUAGCUCUCUGCUUGGGGUUAAAAGACUGCUGUCGUUGUUGCCCUCAUCAGACAGGACUGCCCUGGAGGAAAGACUUGCACAUCUUAUCGCUGCAGGGAAGUUCUGGAAGUACGGCAAACACAAAACACCACAGAUACGAGGGGCGUUUUUUGAGGUCCUUUCGGCUCUGUGUGAAUACACCCCGUCACUGGUGCAGAAUGAAGCAGCACGAGCUUGCCCUGCUGUCCUGCUCAGCAUCGAUGACACAGAUCCUGUGGUGUUGCCACCUCUAUGGGAAGCUGUUCUUCAUAUUGUGUCCACCAUCCCUGACUUCUGGACACACAUUAAUUCCAGAAAGGGCUUUUUACCCAAACUUUGGGGUCUUCUGAAGGAAGGUGGCAAGGGCAUGGCAACAGUUCUUCACCCCAACCUGAUGCCUCUCAUCAGCAAAUUGCCCCAAGAGAUCACUGAUCCGGCUUUGGACUUCUACACCAACUUCUUCACUUCACUCAUACAGGGGCUAUCUAGUGAGCGUGCAGUGACAAGUCCAUCAGAGAGUGCAGCUAUAGUGACCGCUGCUGUUGAGUGCUUGAGGUACAGCAUACUGCACAAUACAGCAGAGGGGGAGGAUCAGAGACAAAUAAGGAUCAUGCUUAUUUCACAGCAGCUCUUGCCUCUACUGGACAGGGCUCUUGGUAAUCCCUCCCUUCAGAAUGGUCCUUUCUUUCUAUUGGUCACUGAAAUGCUCAUUUCUUGGGAGAACAGGGCUGGCUUGCAUGGUUGGAGCGGAUCUAAUGGCAGUGAGGACGUCUUUCAGAAGCUUCUGGAGGACUUCUGGGAGGGGCUCAAUCUUUUGUUUGUUCGUUAUACUGAUAAUGAGGAAGCAGACCCCAAGGCUUUGGAAGGUGUGGCCACUUUGCUGCAGGUGAUGCGUUACCCUGAGAGAGUGAGCAGGAAACAGGGCCAGAGGAAGAAAUCUGUCAAGAUCUGUUUCUCAAAGCUGGAGGACAAGGAAGAAAGUGGAGUUGAGGGGGGUGGCGGUGAAAAGCCUGACCUGUCAGUGCCGGCGCUUGAGCCUGAGAAGGCAAUUGGCUCCCUGAAGACUGAGCAUUUGGAAGAUGUGGUGUGCCAGCAGGCACAACUCUGCCUGGUGUAUGUGAACGAGAAGAACUCAGAAAAACACCUCCUCUUCCUCUCCCUUCUCCUGCGGUCCUUCCACACACACAGGGUUUUUGCUACACUUGUGGAAAUGGAUGACAAGAUAACAAAGGAAGGUGAGCAGAGAGAGGAGAUGGACACUUUGAAAAAUCCAGCAAUGCGGUUCCUGUUGGAGCGGGUGGUGGUUUGGCUUGCUGAGAAGGGGCGGACAGACACCGACCACCUGGUGGAGAUGGUCUUCAGCUCACUCCACUGUUGCAGCCAGCAGGAGACCAUUCGCAUCCUCAACCAUAUUGCCACGAUGGAUCUGCAGUGGGGAAUUAUUCUGCAAAUCAUACAAAGGGCAAGUGCAGAUCCUGAGACUCUUAAGAGUUGUGGAGAUUGGUUGAAAGGCUCAGUGCUGGGUGAGCAGCUCCUGGGAUUGGCAGAUGAGCUGUGUAAUCUGAGAGGCAGCUACUCAACUUCCACAUCACCUAAAAGCACCCAUAGCUGGACUCUGAUCAGCCUGGUCCUGUCACAGCGCCACAAUAACGAGCCUCUGAUAGGGGAGGUGUACAUGGAGAAGAUCCUAGAGAAGCUCCAUGCCACUCUGUGUGAGACAAAGGGUCUGUCAGAUGCAGGCAACAUAGAGCCUCUUGUCUCCUUCAUCUGCAACGUGGCCUCCACAUUCUUUUCAUCUGUACAAGACUGUCUGUUGCUCACUUCUGCUGAGGAACUUCUGCUUACCGUCUUCCAGCUCACUGCCCAGGAUCAAACACACACACACCUGUCUGACUCCCUUUUAGAUAAACUGAGGAAAGUGUGUGUAGCUGGGGUUCGGUCAUUGGUCCAACACCCUGAAUGUGAGGUCAGGGAAGGAGGCUUCAUGCACAGUACAGCCCUCUGGAUCAAGAACCAACUACUCACCUCUUCUCUGGACAUUAAGAGUUUACAAAUUCUGGUCCAGGCGGUGCAGAGCUUAGUGGAGACAAUCAACUCUGUCUGUCAUCAAGAUUCCCCCCUCCUUGGCCAGCUCUUCUCUCUCUUGACGCCCAGCCAAAUAGAGUGGACCAGAAUCAGACAGGCCUUACCCCCUCAGUGGGUGAAGAGCCCCUUAUUGUCCAGUCGUCUUCGAGUAGUUUGUGAGUACCCCUGUAUGGACGUGUGGAAGUUUAGGGUCUUGACCAGAUUGCCUGCCCACCUUUGCGCGUGCGCCCUGUUGGGGAGAGUGGCCAACACUGCUGCAGUUGUGCCCCGUGACCAGCAGGAGGCAGACUGCCCCUCACGCCUGCCGAACCUCAAGAACACAGUUGCAGAGCUGCUGUACGCAUUACAGUGGUGCCAGGAGAUGGAGUGCAGCCCUGCUACAGUGUCUGCCUACCACAGGCUGCUGAAUGACUGGGGCCUGUCAAAAGGACUCCACAGUCAGGUUCCAGUUAAAGACCUGCUGGCGACACUCUACACGAGGUCAGUUGAGGAGGGAGGUCUAUGGUCCCUGACUCUGGAGAACUACAUCCAGACCAACAACUUGGCCGCCACUGACAGUACCACCAUUACAAAUCUCUACAGAAGUGCAGACAGUCUAUUUCCAGUAUGUCAGAGCAGACUGAGCACACUGCAGGUGCUCUGUCCCACCAUGACCAAAGAAGACAGAGAGACUCUCACAGCUCUGGCUACUGCAGGAAUGAUCAACUGGCAGGAGAAGAGCGAGAAUAACAAUGUGUGUGACUGUCUUGCAGUCCUGCUGUGCUGUCUGAAAGCAAACACAGCAGUACAAGAAGAGGUCCUCCAGGCAAUCUUGGCCACCAUGAUGGAGUGGAGGAACAGUAAGGAGGACUGGUUCCUCUUUAGCAGCAACCUGUCCAAAGUGUCUGCAGCACAGUUGAUGCUCACUGUGGAGAUGAUGCGUUUCCUGUCAUGGCUAGUGACUAAUUCUCCCACAGUUCUCAGCAGUGGCCAGUGGGACUUCUUGCUUUGCUCUAUGCUAGCCUGGCUGGAGACUGCCAGUGAAAAUGUGAGUAAUCUGUGGAACCCAUGGGUGCAGCUGUUUGUGUGUGAGAACACGGCACUGAUAGUGAAGCUGAACCAGUUCUUCACAUCACCUUCUUCUGCUGUACUGGAGAAACUGCCACCAGAACUGUCUGGUGAAUGGACGGACUUUUUCAUAGAGGGAAUCUACAGCCUACUGUUGCCGCUGCCCAUCAAAAUCACAGAUGCCUUCACUGAACCAGAUGACCCUCUAUUCCCAUUGGCUGUACUGCAGUCUGUGGGCGUGGCUCUGACAUAUGUGCCUGUGCAGCAGCUAAGCCAGAACAGCCUGCCAGCACGAUUCAUAGCGGACCAGAAAACCAACCUGCCAGAACCUCUCCAAACACUCCUCAACACGCUCUGUCCUUUGCUGCUGUUCAAGGCCAGGCCUCUGCAGAUCACUGCCUACCACCUGCUGGAUAAGGUAAUGCCUCAGCUGCCUGAGUGUGAUGGAGAAGGAGACAACAGCAAGUCUGAUGAUGAUGCAGAGGAGCCAUGCCUGUCUCCCCCAGCACCACUGAUGUCCAUCCUGUCGGCCUGUGAGGAGCUGUGUGAAAGUAUCCUGGCAGGGGUCCAGGUAGGAGAGUUCGCUGUGGUCCAGCCUCUUAGCGUGGAGUACUCCUGCAUCCUGGGAUACCUACUGGCCUGGAAGCUCCUCCUCACUUUCUUCAAAUCCUCGCCCUCCCAUCUGCGUGUCCAGUAUUCUCUGUAUCUUAAGAGAAGCCGCUCCCUUCAUAACCUCCUCCUCCACCUCUUCAAAAUGAUGCCUGAAAACCCUGUCUACCCAGGUCAGGGGGGAGAGACGAAGGAGACCCGAACCCUCUUCACAGAGAGCCUGUCUCUGGCUGUUGACAAAAGUGAGGGUGUUCAGUGGGAGCUCCUUCAUUUGGCGUGCAGUGUGUACUAUAGCGCAGUGCAGGACCUGCCUGCCAUGGUGCGGCUGUGGUGGAACAGCCAGGAGAAGAGAGUGUGUACAACUGUGGAGAAGUUCACUACGAAAUAUGUCAGUCCUGUACUGUCGGCCCAGGAGAUCUCAUCUGUCCACUCCAGCACUCAAACAUUUGACAGCAUGACUGUGAAGGCUCGCUCAGUGGCGCGGGAGGUGAUUGCUACAUAUUCUGUGGAUGAUAUCUUCAUCGAGUUGGUGAUUCAGCUGCCCCAGAACUAUCCUCUGGGCUCCAUCACUGUGGAGAGCGGACGGAGGGUGGGUGUGUCCGUGCAGCAGUGGAGGAACUGGAUGCUGCAGCUAAGCACCUACCUAACACACCAGAAUGGUAGCAUAAUGGAGGGUCUGGCCCUGUGGAAGAACAACGUGGAUAAGCGUUUUGAGGGAGUGGAGGACUGUAUGAUCUGCUUUUCUGUUAUCCAUGGCUCCAACUACUCUUUGCCCAAAAAGGCCUGCCGCACUUGCAAGAAGAAAUUCCACUCAGCGUGUUUGUACAAGUGGUUCACUUCCAGCAAUAAAUCCACCUGUCCACUGUGUAGAGAAACCUUCUUCUAAUGCCUUGACUGUGGCCAAAACUUGGACUGAUGAAAGAACAACCUCAAAGACUCACAAGCAACACAGCUGGGUCAGCCAGAUUGUGAUUCCUGAAGAAGGGAUGCAAAAGAGGAUAUGAAGAAGCACAUUACUAUAUUAAAGUCUAAAUUAAGGUAUAAUUAGACCUCCAUCUGGGAGACAACAAUGUUACAGGCUUUCUCUGACUAAAAUGGCAACAUUAAUGCACCAAUUAAUUCAGGAAAUCUUGCUUUGUGCUCGCUCCAAAGUGUCUCAAGGAUCGGGAUGGCCAAACCUAAUCAGUGCUGAAGAGGAGGUCUCAGCUCAAGAACAGUAAAGUUUAAUAAUAAUUACCUGUUGGCUUGGUGACCUUUAUGUCUAUAGUGAUUACUGUGGGUUGAUAAGCAAUCAACAGUCUGUUUUUCCUAGUGCUGUGUUGUUCCAGUGCAGUGUAAAUAGCUCACUGCUGAUUGUUUUUGUGGUAUUCAUGAGUUUUUUGUUUUUUUUGUUUGUUUGUUUUUUUUUUAUCCCUUUUGAGUACUUUGAUUUUCAAAGACAUAGGAAGAAAAGGGGGAAUCACAAAGUGAGAAGACCAGUGCUGGUAAAAUCCAUUGGGUCUUUGCAAUUUUUAUGUUGAGUUUGAGUAGAAUUAUUACAUAAGUUGAAAAAUAGAUGGUUCCAAGUAAUGCUUCACAAAUAUUUCCUAAUAUUUAGGAGCAAUAAGAGAUAAACUCUGAUUUGUGACAUAUUAUACCGUCAUAACAUGAUGAGAUACAGAAAAAAGCAGGAUAGGGAACUUCUUUAGGGAAGAGUUUUUAUUUCAACAUGAUUCCAGUGCUCACAAUCUAUCUAUACCCAAUAAUAUCUGCCUUCCCUCUGCCUGUGUGUGCCCUGCAUAUGCCUGUAAAGGAUGCUGGAAAAUAAUAAAUCGCAGUUGAAUGGACAGCUA